GGAUAGCAACACACGUUCAGAAGUCCGCGGGUCACCACUCACCAUCGUCACUCGUCAACGGACUCGCUCUAUUGCUUCCACUUCACUGUUUUUCUUUUUCGAGAGAAAGAUUUUCAAAUUCGAAGAUUCAGCGUGACACCGUAACCGUACUCUUGCGUCGCUGAACGGUGAUGAUGGAAGCUUUAUCAAUGGCAAGUGUAUCGUUCCCAACCAUCUCUGUUUCCAGAUCCAGAUGGAACUCUAGCUACCGUCCGAUCAAAUGCGCCGCUCAAUCCCUUCCUCUAGUUGAUAAUGCAGAUAAAUUUAUAGAAGCUUCGAAGAAAGGGAACGUGAUUCCUCUGUACCGUUGCAUAUUUUCCGAUCACCUCACUCCGGUUCUUGCUUAUCGGUGUUUGGUUAAAGAAGAUGAAAGAGAUGCUCCUAGCUUUCUCUUUGAAUCUGCUGAACCCGGUCUUCACAUUUCUAGCACCGGAAGGUAUAGUGUGGUGGGAGCACAACCGUGUAUGGAAAUUGUGGCAAAAGAGAAUAUGGUUACUAUAAUGGACCACGAGGAAGGGCGUAAGACGGAGGAAAUUGCGUUGGAUCCUUUGGUCAUUCCUCGUAGGAUUAUGGAGAAGUGGACGCCUCAACUCAUUGAUGACCUUCCUGAAGCUUUUUGUGGUGGUUGGGUGGGUUAUUUCUCGUAUGAUACAAUGCGCUAUGUAGAAAAGAAGAAACUUCCCUUUGCUAAUGCCCCUAUGGACGACAGAGGCCUUCCUGAUGUUCAUCUGGGCCUUUAUGAUAACGUGAUUGUGUUUGAUCAUGUUGAAAAGAAAGCAUAUGUGAUUCAUUGGGUUCGGUUAGACCGAUAUUCUUCUCCUGAGAAAGCCCUCAACGAUGGAUUGGACAAGCUGGAAACUCUUGUAUCUAGGGUACAUGAUAUAAUUACCCCAAGGCUGCCUGCAGGUUCAAUAAAGUUACUCACUCGUCUCUUUGGUCCUAAACUGGAGUUGUCAAACAUGACAAAGGAAGAAUACAAGAAGGCAGUAUUGCAGGCUAAAGAGCACAUACUGGCUGGUGAUAUUUUUCAAAUUGUCCUAAGUCAACGGUUUGAGCGCCGAACUUUUGCAGACCCUUUUGAAGUCUACAGAGCUCUGAGAAUUGUUAAUCCUAGUCCAUAUAUGACUUAUUUGCAGGCCAGAGGGAGUAUUUUGGUUGCUUCAAGUCCAGAAAUUCUUACACGGGUGAAGAAGAGAAAAAUCACCAAUCGGCCCCUUGCUGGGACUGUUAGAAGAGGGAAAACACCAAAAGAAGAUAUCAUGUUAGAGAAAGACCUUUUGAAUGAUGAAAAACAAUGUGCAGAACAUGUAAUGCUGGUCGAUUUGGGGAGAAAUGAUGUUGGAAAGGUCUCCAAACCCGGUUCUGUUCAAGUUGAAAAACUUAUGAAUAUUGAGCGAUAUUCCCAUGUUAUGCACAUCAGCUCUACUGUAACCGGGGAGUUAUUAGAUGGCCUAACAAGCUGGGAUGCAUUGCGGGCUGCAUUACCUGUUGGUACGGUCAGCGGAGCGCCAAAGGUAAAAGCCAUGGAGUUGAUUGAUCAGUUAGAAGUGGCAAGACGUGGUCCAUAUAGUGGUGGAUUUGGAGGCAUAUCUUUUUCCGGUGAUAUGGACAUUGCUCUUGCUCUGAGGACAAUGGUUUUCCCUACUAAUACUCGCUUUGAUACGAUGUACUCGUACAAGGAUGUCAACAAACGCAGAGAAUGGAUUGCCCAUCUCCAGGCUGGAGCAGGAAUUGUGGCUGACAGUGAUCCAGCCGAUGAGCAAAGAGAAUGCGAGAACAAAGCUGCAGCCCUUGCACGUGCCAUUGAUCUUGCAGAAUCUUCAUUUGUUGACAAAUGAAUUUGGGUUUAUUCAUCAUCUGUGAUGCACCUUGUAAAUUGAUGAUAAUCAUUUGCGAGAAAUUGGGAGGCAGAUUAUGGGAUUUUUAUCAACCUGUCCUGGAAACUAUUUUGUGUUUUAAAAAAAAUGAAAUGUAAUCUUGUCUUGUUACUUUAGAUGCGGCUCAAUAAUAUCAUUUAGGGAAGAGGAUGUAGUUGAAUGAGUCAUGGAGAAAAAUGAACUAAAGGUUUUUAAAUGUCUACAUGAAUAUCACCAUAUUUUGCUGCAUCUGUUAUUACAUUUA